AUGUGAUAGAUACAGUAGGCCUACUAACUAGUAUAUCCAUUAUAUACUUAAAUCAUUAGAUCCACUAUUUAUUUGGGAAGACCAUACUUAUGUACUACUUAUUAAGAACAUUGAUGGAAUGGUGCAGCAAUAACUAAGUAUAGACCCCGCCCAUUAGUGUAUUGAUUAUAAAAUUCAAUAUCUGAUAUGCAUAGUCUUGUGUGAGCAUCAUAUUUCAUCAUAUCAAGUACUCUGUGCAAAAUCAACUAGAUUGUCUACUGACACAGCUCUAGUCUAGUAAAUCAUACCAAAACAACACUUAUUAGUUAGGCUUAUUAAUAUAAAGAUAAUUGUAAAUACUAUAUUAUAAUGGUCAUUGGGUCUUAAUUUUCAAAUCCUAUUUUUUUAACAAACAAAACAGUAUGAAGGUAAGAGAGAAAAUAUAAGAAGGGACAGAGAGCACUGUAUGUUCUGUACGAGUCGUAAUAGCUUGAACUCAUUCUCAACCCUUUUAUCUGUAUUUAUCUAAUAUCUUUGAUUUUAUUUGUUGAGCUUCAAAAAAGUUAAUACUGUAACAUAAUUUCUUUUGAAAGUUUGUGUGAGUAAUAAAAUGUGUUUUUUAAACUUUCAUUACAGAAUGUCUCUGCCGAAGUAUGAUGAAUUGGCUUUCGUUUUCAUAAAGAGAGGAGGGCUUUACUGCCAACAGCCACUUUGGCCGGCAUUCAUUGUGCAUGUAAUGAGAACAAGUGAUGACUACCUGUAUAUGUACGAAGUUGAGAUGUUUGGGGAUCACAACCCACGUAGGGUAGUUGUUCCCGAAACCCAAAUAUAUCCAGCAACAAGCUACAGGAUAAAACUAUAUUCAAACAAUAAUCUACAUAGCCGCUUUCAAGUGGCAAUGAAGGAAAUGGAGUUAUUAUCCGAAAUGAUUCAAAACAGGCAAAGAGAAGUAGGUAGAGCACAAGCGAUUCCCAGGAAUCUACUUCCAGAACUGGACCAGAUAGCAAGGGAGGAUCGUCAGAGGACGAAAUGGAGAAGAUUCAUCCACGAAAUCUCAAAUGGCGUAGUAACCCUUUGCCGGAGGAUCAUAUUUGGAUGGCAAUAAACGACCAACCUGCAAAUGAGAAUGAAUGAGUCCUGUUUGUUAAAAUUCAAAUAUAAUAACCAAAAAAAGAAGGAUAGAUAGUGUUUGGAUAGUUAUCAAUGUUGACCUUCAAAGUUUAAUAAAGUCUAAUAUGUCUUCAGUUAUAAAUUAUGUAUAAAUACACUUGAUUAUGAUGAACAUUACGUUGGUUUCACAUUUACGUAUUUGUGUUCAUGAAAAUAAAUUGUUUAAACUCGAUAGUGUUUGGAUAGUUAUCAAUGUUGACCUUCAGAGUUUAAUUAAGUCUAAUAUGUCUUCACUUAUAAAUUAUGUAAAAUACACAUGAUUAUGAUGAACAUUAUGUUAGUUUCAUGUAUUACGUAUUUGUGUUAUUGAAAAUAAAUUGUUUAAACUUUGUUAAAAAA